CGAGGCGAGCACACACCGCUGAAGUUGGGAGAUCUCCAGUGGAGAUCAUGCUUCGAAAAGUGGCGCGACGUGGGGCGGACGGCUUACAAUGCGGUGGUGGGAGCACCCGAACGUAACCCGCGCGCUACGCUCAGCCGCGAGGGACGUCAGUUGGGGGCAAAAGUGGAGGCGGGGGUCCAGAACCCGCGGGCUUAGGCCGUCCCGGGCCGCUUACGCGCGGAACACGCGGUCCGCCGAGCCGCUCCGCGCGGCAUUACGUCGCGCACCGUCGACCGCGACUGACGUUCGCGCGAGAGAGGACCGACUGACAGACCGACCGACCUCGCGAUUAUAACGCAAUUCGCUAGAAGGAAAUGUCAGAAGAUAUUAUGUAGGAAAAGUGCGCCGUUCGUCCAAGUGUAACGUCGUGACGUUCUAACAGAUUCGAGGAAUUGGCGUCAUCUGACAGCGACAACCUGUAGGAGUAGACAGAUGAUUAGGUGUCGCCGACGGUAGUGUUUUCGUAGAAGAUACUCGAAUAGUGAUGGAUAUCAAUUUCGAAUGAUACCGAGUGUUGAGUGAACUGCGAGUCGACGGUGACACGACGGUACUUAAAAUCGUCGGACUAUCCGCUAAACCGACGUGCGAGAGAUGCAACGGUGCACCAUCAAAGAAUCUCAGAGACAACGAUCGUUGAUCAUGGGGGAAACCCGUUACGCGACGCCGCGGUAUUGAGAUCCACAUCUGCGAUUAUGACGAUCUCUCGUUCGAUCAUGAAAAAUGGUGCAGUCAUCAAGGAAGAGGAACGACUGAUCGAUCACGAACAACGAAGGAUCUGUUGGAGCAGCUGGUAGCGAGGCACGAAGACGGAACGACUUCGGGGUCGCUUCCGUCCGCGAAGCAAGUGAAAUCACGACGUCCCGGCCGGGGGGUGCGUGCUUAGGCGACGAGGGGCGGCUACUGGCCGAUGGGAUGCAUCUACCGGUGGGUUCCGUGGCCUGCGGGGAGAAUUACGGCACCGUUGGAUCCCACGAAGGCGCCGGCCCGUGCGGUCCCUCCCUGGCGCCGCUGCAAGGUGUAAACAGCAGGUACCACCAGGUAGACGACGCCGACGCCGGGGGUGGAGGUGGCGAGAUGAGCGAGAGUGCCGCCGUCGGCGAACUAUGGUGGACCGAAAGGCUCGUCGGCGAGGCGCAAGCCGAGCAUCCUGGAGAACUCGUCAGGACAGGUUCGCCGUAUUUCCUAUGCAGUCAACUACCGACUCACUGGCGAUCCAACAAAACGCUGCCAGUGGCUUUCAAAGUGGUUGCUCUCGGCGAGGUCGGCGACGGGACCCUAGUGACAGUCCGAGCUGGCAACGACGAGAACUGUUGCGCGGAGCUGCGAAAUUCGACCGCGCUUAUGAAGAAUCAAGUCGCCAAGUUCAACGAUCUCAGGUUCGUCGGCAGAAGCGGCAGGGGAAAGAGCUUCAGCAUCACCAUUACCGUAUCGACGACGCCUCCCCAAGUGGCGACCUACACGAGGGCGAUUAAGGUGACCGUCGACGGACCGCGGGAGCCGCGAUCGAAAACGAGGCAGCAACACCAGCAGUUCCGCGCGCUCGGCCUGGGACAAAGGCCCUUCCUUGACGCGCCGACCUCGUUCAGAUCCCACCUGCGGGAACUCGAAUCCUUCGGGAGGAAUAAGCAUCACCAUCAUCACAGUAGUCACUUACACGACCAGCAGACCGGCAACAACGUCACCACGAAUUCGGUUAGCGGUGCCUGCACCAACCCCAACAACACCGACCCGACCGCAUCGCCGGCUUCCAGUACACACCUCGGGGCUACCGGCGGCUCCUCGGUUCAUCAGGAUUGCUACAAGCGCAGCCCUCAACACGGCGACACGGGUGUCGGCACGACGGAAUGGACUUACCCGUCCACGGCGCCGUCUUAUCCUGCGCCUCCAGUCAGCAGCGGUGGUUCCUAUUCGCCCCUGCCCGGCGGCGCGUUCUCGUAUCCCGGGGAAUCAUUGUCGCAUCAUCCCACGACGGAACCGGUGCCGCUGCCAACCGUUCUGCCCUCGGAGAAUCAGCAGGACACCUACACGCCAAACUGCAUGUCCAUGUAUUCGGGACACGGCACCUCGCCGACGUCCUUACCCUUGGUGCCGGCCAGCGCCAGGCCCAGCGACCCCGACAUCUUCGCCGGGGGCGGCACGGGCAGCGGUAGCCCAGGUUACCACUACGGCUCGUGGACACCUGGCCCCGCCACUCCGGUCCCGGUAGCUUCCCACAAUUACAACCCCAAUUAUCAGGGCUACUACAACAAUCCGGGUCAGAACUACAUCAGCCCGCCGCCCAUGGUCCUCUACCCUCAACUGUACAGCACCGUGAAUCAAAACCAGAUACACCUGCACCUGCACGGCGACAUCAGCGAAGAGCAGGUCACCAUAGCCGGCAGCAAUCUCACCAUCAGCAGCAUCCGAGAGAUCGGCGUGCUCGGUGAGGAGAGCGAGCAGAGGAACGACGUGUGGAGGCCGUACUAGACAGAAAGAGAAAGGAUGGGGGAUCCCCGAUGCGGCGGGGAUCGAGAUCGUCGGCGGCGGCGGCGGCGACGCAAGGUGCCGGGCGUGAAUCGCAGUGCGCGAGUUCCCGAUUGUGGCAAUGUUAUAAUCCGUAGUUAGUGCUGUGACGACGUGUGCAAGCGUCGCUUCUCUGGAACGAAAAGCAGCGUGUGUCCUUCUCUCCGGAGGAGCAAAGGUGCGCGAGGUCGCUGUGCGACCGCCGGGGCGAGCCUCCCGAACGUCUGCAGUCGCGCGAGUCAUCGCGACCGCGAGCAAAAGCCGGCUCGUGAACGAUAUCCGGUGUUUCGUAACAGUGAUCGUGAACGCAGGUGAUAAUCACGGGGCCGCAAGUGUGAAACGAAGUGACGGCGAACUCUAUAAGAGAAAAGGAAAAUAGCAGGAGAGAAGAGAAAAAGAGACUCGAUCUGCGAACGGUGUCGAGGAGCGACGGGAGAUCUCAUUGAUCGAAACGUGAGACUAAUCAGUGAUCAGACGAUUCCUCGAGUGUACGCGACGGUGUAGAGCGCUACUCUCUCUUUCUCUCUCUCUCUCUCUCUCUCUCUCUC